GUCACUUCCGCCUUUAGUAAGGGUGGAGUAAAUCGGAAGUAGAUUGAAAGGAAGAAAACGAGAACGAGGCGGCUGACCAAGUAGCCAGGCGUCUUCCUACUUGCUUUCAGAUUUUUGUAAAUUAGGUCAUUUCGUGUAUUCACUCUCGAUUUCCCUUGAGCAUUCAGGCUUCUCGUCGUUUUCUAAUUCGCCAUUGUAUUUUUUCCCGCAAAAAUCGAGUAUUUUAUUUAAAACAAAAAGUUGAGCAGAGAAUACGGCUUGUCUCUUCUCUGUUCUUCUCCUGGCAUAUUUGAAUCAUUUCCGCAGAAGCGAAAUACGUUGUUUAGCUCGUGGCCGCGCGCGCUGUGGUUGGUCGUUAAGGAGACGAGGGAGCGAACCGUCCUUCCUUCCAGCUGUGACUCGUUGGCGGGGCGUUGUUGCCUGUGGUACGAAGACGAGUCCGGAGCCAAACUCCUACAGAGAAGCUACCUCAUCAUAUCCACAGGCUUUCGCUAAUCAGCUUUUCGGCGUUGAGUUUUCGGAAAAUCGCACCUUUUCUUUCUGCAUUUUACUAGACGUGUAUUGUAAGUUAGUUUAAAAAAAAAAAAAAAAUGGCCGGAGUGAACAGCAUCGAGGCGGUGAAGAGGAAAAUCAAAGUUUUGCAGCAACAGGCCGACGAGGCGGAGGAGAAGGCGGAGGUGCUGCAGCGGCAGGUGGAGGAGGAGAAGCGGGCCCGGGAGCAGGCUGAGGCAGAGGUGGCAUCCCUGAACAGGCGCAUCCAGCUGGUUGAGGAGGAACUGGACCGGGCCCAGGAGAGGCUGGCCACAGCACUGCAGAAGCUAGAGGAAGCUGAGAAGGCAGCUGAUGAGAGUGAGAGAGGCAUGAAGGUGAUUGAGAACAGGGCUCUGAAGGAUGAGGAGAAGAUGGAGCUGCAAGAGAUCCAGCUGAAAGAGGCUAAACACAUUGCUGAGGAAGCAGACCGCAAGUACGAGGAGGUGGCUCGAAAACUGGUUAUCAUCGAAGGAGACCUGGAGCGCACAGAGGAAAGAGCAGAGCUGGCCGAGGCCAAAGCCCGGAUGCUGGAGGAACAGCUGAGGGGUUUCGACCAAACUCUGAAGACUCUGCAGGCCUCAGAGGAGAAGUACUCUCAGAAAGAGGACAAGUAUGAAGAAGAGAUUAAAAUUCUGACUGACAAACUCAAAGAGGCUGAAACCCGUGCUGAGUUUGCUGAGAGGUCUGUGGCAAAACUGGAGAAAACUAUUGAUGAUCUGGAAGAGCGGCUGGCUGCUGCCAAGGAGGAAAACCUCAAGAUCCAUGCCACCCUGGACCAAACCCUACUGGAUCUCAACAGUUUCUGAAAGCAUAUGCAAUUUCUUGCUCCUCUCAUCUUCACAUGUAUUGUCUCCUUGCCAUGUCCCCAAUGUCUCUGCUGUGGGAGUUGGUUGGGGUGGGUAGGAUCUGGGGGUAGAUUUUUGGUAACGGGAUCCUGGUAAUCCUGUACGAAACUUGACCCGUGUUCCUGCCUGUAUGGACUCAACCUUCUCUGAAUAUUCACCUGCAACUGGUACCCUGGCUGUCCCUUAUUUUUUGUCUGCUUAUUCAGCUUGUGUUUCUAAAAGGGGGACCAUGUCUAGAGCAACAUUUGUUUGCAAGCUUGAAUGCUAUUGUUUUGAUUACAUUCCAGUUGUAUGAAAUAUCAGGUUUUUUAAAGGUUUCUUUAAUUUUACAAACAAGUACUCUAUAUUCAAGUCUUGAUUUGUUACUUUUUUGCAGUUCCAAUUAAAUGGAAUAUGAAAUAAGGGUUCAGAUUGGGGUGGGUGGGGGGGGGGUGCAAAAUGUUUUCCUAAUUAAAAUGAUUUUAGAACAGUAAAAUCUUAAACCAAAACUACCCUUUCAAAAACCUGCUUCCUAAUACCCUUAUCUUUUCCACACUUGACUCCUCAGCUCUUCAUGCACUUCUGUACUUUAAAAUACUCUUAAGACCUUUUGUUACUUUAGUUGUGUCCUGUUGGAGAUGCAGGGGAUUGACAGGGGACCAUGUUUUUACUACAAGGGAGAUGCAUAUUGUUUAAUUGCAUGAUUUUUUUUAUACUAAGAACCAUAUGCCCUACCAGGGCUAUAUUACAUAAUACUGUACUAACAAACGGUUUCGUAUUUCAGAAUAUACCCCCCUCCUAUUCAGGAGGGAGAACAUGAGGGUGUAUGAAUUAAGUAUAGCCUGGAAAUCAGUGUCAGAACUGGAAGAUCAUGGAAUAUGCCAAUUCUCCCUGUAAUUGUUCAAUCAUGAGUUGAUGGAUCUUGUGAAAGGGAAAUUGGGUGAGUCUUGUCAGCUAAUUAAAUUGUAAUACUGAUAAAAUGGAAGACAAGGGGACAAUUGAAAGUAAAGAGCAGAUGCAUUUACUGUAGUAUGUUUGGUGUUGAGCAAAUUUUCUGCAAAAUCUUAGUUUUAAACUGGAACAUGACCAGAGGUAAACAUGAACCUUGUGGUAGUAAGCAUUUCAUUGUAAUCACAAUGGAAAAUGUGGAACAAAUUAUUUUUAAAUAAAGAACCAUGAUUCUUACUGA